UAGAAGAAGCUUUUUAUACAACAGAUCGUGUAAUGACUGUAUCAUUCCAUAAAUAUGGGGAAUACUUUCCUGGCACGGGAGACUUGAGGGAUAUUGGUGCUGGAAAAGGCAAAUACUAUGCUGUCAAUUUUCCAAUGAGAGAUGGUAUAGAUGAUGAGUCAUAUGGACAGAUAUUUAAGCCUAUUAUCUCAAAAGUGAUGGAGAUGUAUCAGCCUAGUGCCGUGGUAUUACAGUGUGGUGCAGACUCAUUAUCUGGUGAUAGACUUGGUUGUUUCAAUCUAACAGUGAAAGGUCAUGCUAAAUGUGUAGAAGUUGUAAAACUUUUACCUACCAUUAUGAUGCUUGGAGGCGGUGGCUACACAAUCCGUAAUGUUGCUCGAUGUUGGACAUAUGAGACUGCAGUUGCCCUAGAUUGUGAGAUUCCUAAUGAGUUGCCAUAUAAUGAUUACUUUGAGUAUUUCGGACCGGACUUCAAACUGCAUAUUAGUCCUUCAAACAUGACAAACCAGAAUACUCCAGAA